AUGCCGUCAAAGUUCGCGAAGAAGACUCUACUUGGUUUGUCCCUUGUGGCAGCCCUUGCGCAAGCCUCGCCAACAACAGUUGCUCCUGGCUUUGGAUACGGAUCGGAGAAGGUUCGUGGUGUUAACCUCGGUGGUUGGUUGGUUCUGGAGCCCUGGAUCACCCCAUCAAUCUUUGAUAACGUUGGUGAUGCCGCCGUGGAUGAGUACUCUCUCUGUGCCGUUCUCGGUGCCGACCAGUGCCGCAGUGUUCUAUCUCAGCACUGGGGCUCUUUCAUCAAUGAAGAUGACUUCCAUCAGAUUGCCUCCGCCGGCAUGAACCAUGUCCGAAUUCCUAUCGGGUACUGGGCUUUCGAGCAUCUCGAUGGUGACACCUAUGUUGAUGGCCAGCUGCAGUAUCUGGACAGUGCCGUCGGGUGGGCACGUUCUGCUGGUAUUAAAGUCCUCAUCGACCUUCACGGAGCCCCUGGUUCCCAGAACGGAUUUGACAACAGUGGAAAACGAGGUGCCAUUCAAUGGCAGCAGGGUGACACUGUAGAACACACCAAGAACGCCAUCGAUGCUCUUGCUAAGCGAUAUGCCGGAGAUGUUGACGUUGUCACCGCAAUUGAAGCUCUGAACGAGCCCAGUAUCCCUGGCGGUGUCAACGAGGAUGGCCUGAAGCAAUACUACUACGACACCUGGGGUCUUGCCCGCCAGUACAGCCAGGACACUACUAUUGUUCUUCACGAUGGCUUUACACCAACUGAGUCAUGGAACGGUUUCAUGAGCGAGUCCACUGGUGUUUGGUUUGUCAUGAUGGACACCCACCACUAUGAAGUCUUUGAGAGCGGCCUUCUUGCUCUUGAUGUUCACGCCCAUGCCAGCACUGCCUGUGGCUUUGCUGGUGCCCACAUUCAGACUUCUGACAAGUGGACUGUUGUUGGCGAGUGGACCGGUGCUAUGACCGACUGCGCAAAGUAUCUGAAUGGCAAGGGUAUUGGCUCUCGUUAUGACGGUAGUUACCCAGGUAGCUCAGCACUUGGUAGCUGUGAAGGAAAGUCCGUUGGAAGCGUCGAUGGCCUCUCCCAGGAUGACCGUAACAACAUCCGCCAGUUCAUCGAGGCUCAAUUGGAUGCUUUUGAGAAGGGAAGUGGCUGGCUUUACUGGACCUGGAAGACUGAGGGUGCCCCAGAGUGGGACAUGAAGGCCCAGCUGGCUAGUGGAGUCUUCCCCAACCCUGUCACUGAUCGCCAGUUCCCUGGCCAGUGCUAA